GUGAAGUUUGGAGCAAACCGUUUAACGCCCUUAUCGACACAGGGUCUUCUGCAAUGGCCAUAUCAUUAGACACUGUUAGAAAGACGGGACGACUUGGAUCCAUUCUUCCUCAAUCUGGCAAAGAUAACUAUGUCUCUGCCGACGAGGAAGCAAUGAACAUCGUGGGUGUUAUUGAGAAUGUAGCUGUGAAGGUCGGACGAGUACACGUCCUUGUUAACGCACUAGUAAUAGAUGUGACGUGGACGCAGACCAGUGAGCAUCCUGCGUGGAUCGAAAAUUUGGAGCUGCUGAUCGUACAAGCUUGGAGAACUAACGUCGAGGGUGACCUUGUCGACUUUCUCUUUGGAUCGGUACGACCGGGCCGCCGUCAGUUGAUUGCGCAGGAGCUCAUCGCGCCGAUCGUACAAUUGGCGGACGAUCUCUCGCCUGAUAUCUUUUCGCAAAGUGACGACAGCCCCGCACCAUACGUUCUCGAGCGGUCGUUGGAUCCGUACCUUCAGUGGACUGCGUGCUUGGAGGAACCCCGGGACGAAGAUACGCUACCAUCACGACAAGAGUAUCUGAAGCAUUACGACAUCAUUCCUCACUCCUCUUAUCCGAAGGCGGAGGAAGUGGUGAUCGACGAUGACGAAGAAGACAACGACGAGGAAACGUCGGAGGAAGGAAGCUAUAGCGAGUAUAGUGAGGGCGAGCUGAGUGAAGAAGAAGAGGAGGAAGAAGAAACCGUAUCUGAGUGGGAAGCCCUGCCGGAGGAAGCUGUACGCACGGGCACAAAAGCGGAAGAUCCUGAGGCCGCACGCAAGCAGGAAGAAAUCACCGCCGGGAAACGCCAUUUAGAAUUCGCCAGCGGAGCAAGCCUGCGCAUCGGUGAUGAUCCCACCAAGAAUCCGGAGCCGCCGAAGCCCGAAGAUGGCGACCCCGCAGCCGCCUCCCCAAGAACCUCACGACGGAGAUGGAGCAGAUCCCUCUCCUCCUCCAGCCCCACCCGUCCCCCAGUUCGCCCACGUACCGAUGCGGGCGAUAGGCCUUCGACCUCGGACGCUAUCCCGUCGUCCCCUUGAUUUUCUCACCCUCAAACAGAUCCGUGCCCCCGUCACCU